GAUUUGGUACAAAGUGCUUAAUUUGUGACAUUUGUUUAUUUUAUACAAGCAGUUACCAGUGUCCUAUGCUGUCAUACCUUUACUAGUACUACUACUUAUUAAUUAUCAAUACCAUAUAUAUAUAUAUUCAUCAUUAAACAAAAAAAAAAAAAACAUUAUAGCCAUAGCGAAGUGAAGAAGCAUUCAUACAAGAAUUUGUGUCAGCUAAACAAUUGAAGGAACAAAAAUUGGAUUAACUGCCACUGCUAGAUUCCUUGUUUUGAUAAAUUGCCUCAAUAAUCUUUUCUUCCACUAAGCUUGAGGGAUAUAUAAUAUAAAGUAUUCCAAAGAGUAAACUUAUGUGUAUAGAUGAAAAUUAUAAAGAAGCUGAGUUUCUACUUCCAUAAAUUAAUGGAAAUGUUAACAAUAAGCAAGGAAGUGAAGUUCAACAAAGACAUCAAUUUCAAUACUUUCUAUAAGCCUGAUCAGUUAAGUGAUCAUGUUACUACUACUACUACUACUACUAUUGAAGAAGAGUGUAUAGUCUUGAAGAGAAGGAAAGUGGCAUUGUCAUGCAAAUAUUUGAUAAACAAAAUCACACAGUUUUGUUACCAAAAAAAACCAGAAGUAGUAAUGUUUUCAUCUGCACUUGCUGACUCUGACCGUGAUUUAGCUGCGACAAAGCUUCAGAAAGUUUACAAGAGUUACAGGAUUAGAAGAUAUCUAGCCGAUUUAGCAGUUGUUUGUGAGGAACUUUGGUGGAAAGAUUCGGAUUCUUCUCCUUUUCAAAGGUGCUUGAUAUCACAUUUUGACUCUGAUAAAUCUGAAAUAGCUAUUUCUAACUGGGCUACAGCAAGGACAAUGGCUGCUAAGAUGGGAAGAGGAUUGUCGAAAGAUGAUAAGGGGCAAAGAUUGGCUCGAAAACAUUGGCUUGAAGCUAUUGAUCCUCGUCAUCGGUAUGGACACAACCUGCAUUUCUAUUAUGAUGUCUGGUUUCAGUGCCAAAGUUCUCAGCCAUUUUUCUAUUGGCUGGAUAUUGGAGAUGGCAAAAGAGUAGAUAUUACUGACAUAUGUUCAAGAAAGAAAUUGCAGAGACAAUGCAUAAAGUACCUUGGACCUAUAGAAAGGGAAGCAUAUGAAGUGAUUGUGGAAGGAGGCAAGCUUGUUUAUAAACAAAGCAAAAACCUUGUCCACACAACUGAGGGAUCAAAGUGGAUUUUUGUUCUUAGCUCAUCAAGAGCUAUGUAUGUUGGACAAAAGGAGAAAGGAAAAUUUCAACACUCAAGUUUUGUAGCUGGUGCUGCUACCAUUGCAUCUGGAAGAAUUGUUGCACACAAUGGAGUACUUCAUGUUAUAUGGCCCUAUAGUGGUCAUUAUCGUCCAACGGAGAAGAAUUAUAAGGAAUUUAUUCACUUCUUGGAGGAACAUCAUGUGGAUAUGACAAACGUAAAGAAACAUCCAGUUGAUGAUGAUGUUGUUCCAUCUCCUAAUAAACCUGUGGAUGAGGAGCAUCACUUUGAAAACAUAGAAAAUAACAAGGCAGCAUCGUCAAGCAAAUGGACAACUGGAGUUGGUCCUAGGAUUGGUUAUGUAAGAGAGUAUCCACCAAACCUUAAACAUCAAGCACUUGAAAAGCUCAAUCCAUCAUCAAAAGUCAACAAUGUAACAAUUGAAGACAAAUCAACAAUUCCCUCUUUAAGGGCAAGUCCAGAAGUUAAUCAUUUGUCACAUAGGCUAGAAAACAUGGAACUAUCUAGUUCAAUGUUCUAGCUAUAUAUAUAUAUGAGGCAUUCAUGUGCAUAUGCAAAAUUUGGACUAAAUAUUAUUAGUACAUACUAUAGGAAGAUAAAGGUCAUAAAGGAACAAAUUAACCCAAUAUUUAUUUUUCAGUUUUGGGUAUUUCUUGGCCAUUAUUUGUGUUGUAUUUACUAUUUAGUUAGCUUCUUUUGAGGCAUUCUUUUUCCUUCCCCUACAUUGCAUAGUUGCUUGUCCAAUAGUUUUUUUUUGGGGGGAAUGGUCAAUAAUACAUUCUUGUGUUGUUAAUUAAAGUCACAUAUGAAAAAGAAAAAACAAAUUAUUUAUUCA